AUGGAGAGUAUUUCAUCACAACCUAUUAUUAACACUGUUAACCAAACAAUUUUAAAACCAAACCCCCAAUCCUUUGAAAUUGUUCAAAAAAUUUCACCCGACUCUACACAACAAGUAAUAUCGACAAAAACUCAAAUCAAAGAUUUAACAAAAGAUUGCAAACAAGUCUCAACAGACGAAUUUAUCGUAGAUAAAAUUGAUGAAAAAGACAAUGAGGUUGAAAAUAAGUAUAAAGACAAAAAUGAACAAAAUAUAAUUUAUAAAAGUAUAUUAGAAGGUGAGUUGCCAAGAUCACCAACAUUAGUAGAAGAAGAAACAAAUCAAUAUCUAAUAGAUAACCCCAGCUUUAAUAGUAGUAAUAUUAGCAUAAACACAAACAUUAAUUGUGAUAAUAUUAAUGAAAUGGAUAUAAGAAAUUAUUUGCAAUAUAUUGCAGCAAUGAUAAUAGGCAAGCCAUUAAAAGAUUUAGAUGAUCACGAAGAAUCUUUAUUCAAUAUUGGAAUGAAUGAACUCCAAAGUAAUUUAUUUCUUAGGAAAAUUAAUAAUAUUUUACCAACAUUUACAAAAAUAAACAAUUUAAAUUUUAUUCAAGAACAUAAUUCAAUUGAUUUAAUUACAAAAGUUAUAAAUGGUGCUUUAAAUAAUAGAAAAUCAUUAAAAAAUACUAUUGAAGGGGAUAGGGAUGACAGGAAGAAAAAUGAUGUAAAUGAUUUAAAUCAACAACAACAUGAUUUAGAGGGUUUAGUUGAUAAAUACACAUUAUAUAUAAAAGAAAAUUAUCAACAAUCAAUUGAAACUACUCGACCAAAUUUAAAAUCAUCAACAAUAAAAAAACGAAUUUAUUUAUUAACUAGUGCAACAAGUUUUUUAGGUGUACACAUUUUAUAUGAUCUAUUAACAAAUAAUGCUACAAAUGAUUCAGAGAUUUAUUGUUUGAUCAAACGUAAAAAAAAAGCACAUAGUCCAAAGGCAUCAUUAAAACACGCUUUUCUACUUAAUGGCUUGGAUAUUUCAUUGAUAGAUUCAAAAAAUAAUUUGAUAGUUUUACCAGCAAAUUUAUCCGAAUCAUAUUUAGGGUUAUCAAUACAACAAUAUGAAUCUUUGUCAAACAAAGUGACCACUGUUAUACAUAGCACUUCUUUAAUCACAAGUUUAAGAUCCAUUAGUAUAUCCACAGGUGACACAACACUACCUAGUUAUGAGAAUUGUCAUGUUUUACCUACUUCAAAUUUAUUAUUAUUUAGUGCAAAAAAAGAGUUUUUUUAUAUUUCCAAUAUCGAUUCUUGCAUAAAUGGACCAUGGGAAAUAAUACCUGAAGGUAUAUUUCCUAUUAAAUCCAGCAUAACAACACAAGAUGGAUAUGGAUUAAGUAAAUUAGCAAUUGAAUCAAUCAUAAUAAAUACAUUUGAUUAUCUACAAUUAGAAAAAUUAAAUAUAAUCAGAUUAUCUACUUUAACCAGCUCUACCGUCACUGGUGCAUGGAAUCCCGAUGAUUUUGUACCCUUACUGUUAUCAAAUGUAGGAAGGACUGGUCGUAUGCCUGUAUUUGAACUGGAUAUAGAUUGGGUGCCUGUCAAUAUUGCAUCAAAAUCUAUAGUGGAAUUGAUAACAAUGAUGCAUCAUAAUACGUUUAGAGUUGAAAUUAAUCAUUUAAGAAAUCCUGAUACAUUAAUGACAUGGAAAGAUUAUCUUGAUGUUUUGGAAGAGUAUGUUGAAAUGAAAUUUGAAAGACAAGAGUUGAAUGAUUGGCUAAAGCAACUUGUUGUGGAUUUGGAAAAUGUAAAUUUAGAACAUUAUGAAAAUAAAAGUGAUUUAAUGUUAUUUGAACAUUUUAAAAGAAUCAAACAAUUUCAACAUGGUGAUGAUAAUGCUAUUGAUAGUAAUAAAAAUCCUACUAAAAGCAACAAUAGUCAUGAUUUAAACAAACGAAUUCAACCAAAACUAGAUAUAACAAACACAAAAUCCAAAUCAUUAGGUUUACAAAAAUGUCCUCCGAUUUCUGAAGAUUUAAUUAAGUUAAACAUUAAUUGGUUAAGAAAUACCAGUUAUUUGGAUGAGACUUAUUAUCAGCAAAUAAAUAAAUCUUUACGAAAAAACAAUAAAAAAAUGAAUUUCACCAAUAACGAGGCAGAAACAGGUUUAUUAGGAUGGAUCUGUGUAACUGCACCAUUGAUGGUCUUUUUUUUUAUAAUUGAUGUAUUGUGGAGCAUCUUGUCAAAAAACUUUUGGGAGAUUGGAUUCAUCUUAGGAUGGUUUAUAACAGUCAUAUUUGUUGAUGAUAAGAAUAUCAAUAAUAGAGAAAAAUCUCAAAAUAAUGAAGAAAAUCCCAAAAGAAUAAUUGUUAAUAGAAAAAAACGUUUGAUUAGAAGAAGAGUUGUUAAUAAUGGAAAUUAA